AUGGCGUCUCUGCUGAGUGAGAUACUGUUUGAAACCGCUGGACAAGGCCCACCUCCCUCUAAAGACUUCUUCCAGUUUGUUAUCACACAAAAGGAGGUUAUAUGGAGGUGGUGGAAGAUUUCAGUUCGGUCUGAAUUCAGAGGAGCACCACCUGGAGAGAUAAAACAGUUGCACAAUGACUUUUUGAACGAUGCAAGGUUGCAGGAGCAGCUAGCUGCAGUGUUCGGCACCAGGAUUCUGGACUACACUUUGGCCCUGUGUCGAGGGCAUGUUGACUACCUGGAACGUUUACCUGACAAGCUGCUCCUUAAAAUCCUUUCCUGCAUAUCCUUACAGGACAUUGGCCACCUCAGCCAAACCUCAAGCAGGUUUAGGAAGGUUAGACCAAUACCCUGUCCCUUUCUCCUCUGCUUUUUGAGCGAGGUUGCAAUCAGAUCAUAUCUGUAA